UAUUAUUAAAGAUUAAGAAAUUUAGGAUAAGCCACUUGGUCAGCUCCAAAAGGGAUGCCCAACCCAUCAUAUAGUUCUCUUUGAUGUCUUGGAAUAUUCGCAAAACUUCAAAGGGGUACAAACGCGGUUGAGCAAAUUACUUCCAGAACUAAUUUUCAAGGGUCAAUCGUUCCAUUAGCUUGUCAAGAUCUUUAAACCUUGUUUCGUGAUAUAUGGGCUCUUUUUGGUAUGGGCUUAACCACUUGUAAGUUGUUUCCUCCUUGAGUGCUUUUGCUGGGAAAGGCUAUUUCAUUCGCUUUGUUGCUCAUCUUAACAUUGGCCCAUUUGGAUCCACUAUUGAGCACUUUAAUAAACUCUAGGAUUUGCUCCUGUUCUGACCCAGUUUCCUUCUUGAAGAACUGGCUUUUGUUAUGUUUCCUGUGCUUGAUCCUUUGCCAAACAUUGGUAACUCUUUCGCGGACUCUCUCCUCCAACGAGAGUUCUUUCUCUGGUGAAGACGAAGAGACGCUCAGGAUGGUAUCUCCAGACUCUAUGUUCUCGCUAUCAUUAUUGUCUAAGAUAUUGACCUUGAAGCACAUGGGGUCUUCACUACAUGAGUUUUCAUCUCAUACGAAUAUCUUGUCUUUGUAAUAACUAUCGAAGUCAAACAUUUCUUUGCAAACUCUAAGUUGAGUAUUAUGUUAAUUUUUGUCUC